AUAGUUAGUAACUCAUUAUUAUCAUUUUAUUAAUGUGUUUAUUUUAAAAGUAAUUCCCGCCAUAGCCAAACAGGAUCACCGUUUAUUUUCUUCGACGAGUUAAGAGGGAGGAAGGGAGGAGGCCAGGGGUGAAGGGGAAGGGAGAAAAUAUUCCUUUCUGACGAAGUUGUACUACAACAAUGGGACUUGUGCCAAAGCUCGAAGACUAGUCUCUGCUAUUUUGCCCGAGGCUCAACUUAUUUUAUUAUCAUAACGUUAAUUCGUCGACCGGAUCAUUGCCGCUACUUCUAAAGAUUCAGCUUGAAAGCAUGUUGCUAUGCGGUGUUUUUGACAUUCCAAUGUGUUUAAUGAAAACGACUGCUAAAAGAAAAUUUUGCGUAGGUUUGGCUUUACCUCUGCUCUAAGCUGUGAAUGGGGAAACUUAAAAAUGCGUGAUUAUGCAGGUUGCAUCGAUAGUAAUAUUGGUUUGUGAGAAAGCUAUGUCUGGAGAUAUAAAACUCGUUAUGAUGUAUUUUCAAUGCGGCAAACACUGUUGUCACCUAUGAUGAAAGAAAGGUUUGCUGAUGAAUGGUGCUGAAAAUCUCACAAUGACAGGGAGUUCAAACCCUCGUGCUGAAAAUCUCAAUUGGCUUUCUGAAGUUGCUUCUGCAGUUUCUAAAGGAGCUUUAAACAGACAUAACCCUUCCCAAAGUCAAAAUGUUAAAACUUCAGCUUCUGCUACAAAUGUGCACAAUUUGGGAAGAAACUCUUCACCUAUGUUGAUUGCCAAUUCUAGUAACAUGUUCUCUCCUUCCACAGUCUUAACUCGUACUUCAGAUGCUAAUAAUGUGAGAAUGUUUGCCACUCCAUUUCACGUAGAACGCACACGCCAAGUUCAGCCUAUUUCAGUUCCGAUUACUGGAACCAGUACAACUUUGUAUUAUAGUCAAGCAACUCAUACAACUCCGUAUUCCAAUUUUAUUCAAGGAACAUAUUCUCCUUUGCCAUUUUCAACUACUGCAUCACAAACUCCUGUUACUAAUCCACCUGUUUGUCAUCCUAAUUCUCAACGUUCCUAUCUUCAGGUUGAUAACUAUCCUUCUCUUGUUAGUGUUCAAACAAUUGGCUCUGCUCAUGGCCAACUUCCUAAUUCGCAUAGCUAUCUGCAGCGCUCACAGCUUCCUUCAAGUCCCACCAAUCUGACAUUAUCAUCAUCCCUAAAUCAAGGAAGGUUCUUUCAGCAAGGCAGGAGCAUUCUAAUCAGCAGGUCUCCAGAAGGUGUAGUUGUCCAUUCACCUCUGGAGCGAGAUCCAGCGCACAUACAAAUCCAACUUUCUCCUGUCUUGCCAUCCGAUGAUAUUGUUCAGAGAAAAUCAAUAGCAUCUACUGACUCUAUGCUUGGAUCUUCUAGUUGCAGUCCAGUUACUGAUAAUGUCAUGAACUCUGUUCAGGCCACAGACUUCUCUCUUCUGAAAGAUCAUUUAUCCAAUCAACCGAGCACUUCUCCGUCUCACAUUGGCUAUAAGUUGCCUACUGGUAAGGAAGGUAGCUUGAAGCACAGGAUAUUGAGACCACCUAGCAUUAACAUUGUUGACCCACCUCAGUCAUUGGUUGCUGAUGCACCUCUCUCUGCCCCACCUAUCAGAACUUAUCGAGAAGCUUCUCCCAAACAAACCAGAUCUAUUCCUUCCUCUGGAUACCGUUCUUUCUCAAGCUCUGCUUCUUCUUUGACAGAAACUUCCAAUAGAGCGGCAUCCAGUGGUGUGAGCCCUAAUAAUAUGUUUAUUAACCACCGUUCUUCCCUGUCAUCCGGAUCUCCAUCCCCUGCACCACCAAUAUCGCCUACAUCGACAGCCCUAAAAUAUCCCCAAUCUUUUAUGAAAGGUGCCAUCAUCCAACUAGCCAAUAAUCAAUUAAAAACUGUGGAAAAUAUGACAACGGAGGAUUUUAUCGAAUGUGGUAUUUUAAGUCCCACCUUGAAAAUUGAUUCGAGCACAGUCGUUAGCAUUGAAAAAAUGCCAUCAUCUGGUUCUGCUAAAUUAGGUUUUCAAGUUGGUCAAGACAGUAUUCAGAUCACCGUGGAAGCACCAUUAGAGCAUCCUUUUUUUGUAUACAAACGAGGCUGGUCUUCAUGCUCUCCAGAACGAUCGGCACAACGUUAUGGGCUUUCAUGUCACAAAUUAAAAAUUGGAGACACGUGUAUUUCACUUACAGAUAAAAGUGAUUUCGAAAACUGUGAACAGAAAAACGUGAACUCCUGUGAAACAAAUCUAAAUACGUUAGAUAAAAAUCAAAAUAAACUUGAAAAACCUACAGAAGACUUAAAAAUUGAAUCUGAAAACUUACCACUUAUCACAAAUUCUUCUUUAAUGGAAAAAAAGUUAAAGUUGAUUGCAGAAAAAACAUCUUUUAAAGCAGAUCAAUCUACAAUAUCUAGAAAACGAAAAAGACGAUGGUCAGCCCCUGACAAUCUUUCCCAGAAUGAAGAAGGUUCCAGUUCUUAAUAUAAAAUGUAAAUUUUUUUUAUGCGUAUUUACAGUGUGACCCAUAAAUGACUGACAUUCUUCCUUGUAUAGAUGGUAUUGCCAUCUGUUGGAAAUUUAACUACUAAUUGUAGAAAUUUAUGAAAGAAAAAUAUUUUAUUUUCUUAUUUAAUACAAGAUAAGCAGGUUUUUUUCCCCCAAAAGCCCUAGUUAGUGAUUAUUAAGUUUUAGAUUUUUUUCUUUCUGUUUCAUAUUAUAAAAUUGACAUUUAUUCGAUAUUUAUAGAGCCGCAUUCAAAUUUCUGCAUUUAAUUCCAACUUAUGAAUGGAAAUUGCAAAGCAGUUUUUAAUGUUCAAAAUAAUUCAAACUACUGAAUUCUCACUGUUCUGAAUUUCUACUGUAGAAAAUGAUAAUCAGUUAUAAAUUAAUUUUUGUAUUUUCUGAUUUUUUUUUAUUAUUUUUUUUUAUUCUUACUUCUAUUCCUGGUUUUAUAAAUUAAAACUGUUUCAGGAUUAUUAAAAGUAGGUGUUUUUAGCUAACUCACUAUAAAUAUAAAUAUUAACAGAUUUUAAAAAAUAGAUAUUUUUAAAUAAUUCAGCCUAUCUGAAUCUUGAAAAUUAUUCUUUAAAAGUAGGCUAAUUGUCGGAAAAAAUUUCUUAACUACUACUUUAAAAGUGUAUUUAAGACUUUUUUGUUAAUGAUAUAAAAUAUUUAUAUAUAUAUAUGUGUGUGUGUGUGUGUGUGUUAGGCAAAACUAUAUUGUUCUUAAAUCUAAACCUAGUUAAAGAAAAAAAAGUGAGCUUUAAGAAUAAAAGAUUUUUUUUCUUUCUGCCAAGUCUUUAAAAAGGCUGUUGUUAAAUGUAAAAUAUGUUUUAUAAAGUCUCAAAAUGUUUUUUUAAAUUCUGAAACUAAUUUUUUCAAUUAAUUAUUAUUCAUGUGUUUUUCAAUAAUGAAAAUUUGUUUAACUGUCAAUUUGCUGCCCCCCACCCUCUUUCAUCAGAGUGCCACAAAUACUGUAUUUAUAUCGUUUUUCAUUUUUUUUUAUCUUCGUUUCUGAAGUUGGUCAGUUAUUUUUGGGACAUUCUGUAUUAUAAAUGGCUUUGCUUUAUAUUUUUACAGUUUCUAAUAUUGUGCUGUACAUUCUGUGAAUAUAUGUAAAAAGGUUAUUUUCCUAGUAUUACUAGUAAAAAAGCUUACAUUUUUUUUCUUUCUUUUGAUGAAGCAUUAAAUGCUAAAAAAGUUUCCUGCAACGCAUGUCCAAUUAAAUUGCUUAGUUAUUACUAUUAUUCUUCGGAUUUCCUGCAAUAUUUUGUUUUAAAUUUUGAAAUUUCAACUGGAAGUUCAAAUAAGUAAAAUUUAUUACUAUUGACAAUGGGAUUAGUUCUGCAUUAAAGUAUGAAAAUUUCUGAAAAAAAUUCACAAGCAAAUGUUCUAUAUUUUUUUUAGUAUUUUUAUGUACCAUGUCUUUUGUUUUAAUUUAUUAAUAGAAAUAAUUGUAUCCUACUUUUAUCAAUACAAAAACACUUCUGUAUUCAUAGAAUUAAAUCAAAAAGCUCAAAAUUUUAGCUUUUUGAAUUCAUGUUUUUAAACUAGAAUAUUACAAAUUUUCCCAUAAACCACUUUAUUAAAGUAACUGUUUUAAUUAUUUAUAGUGCAAGAGAAAAUGAAAUAGAAUUUAAUGUCAAAAAAUUUUCUAAAUUAGUUUAAAGUCUAAUAUUUUUAUUAACACAACUUAUUUAUCAACUUAAGUUUUUUGUUAUCCAUCUAUAAAAAUAAAGCCAUCCUAUGUUAACCAAAGAUGAAAAUUAAGGUUCUGAUUAAUUACUGAAAAAAUAUAGCUUUCAUUAAUGUCUAGUUAAUAUCUUCAAUAAAGCCUUUGUCUACUAAUCUCUGUAAAAUAAAUUAGCAAACAAUUUUUGUGAAAGGUAAACUAAGUUCAUUAAUUAAAUAGGAUUUCACUACCUACAUCCAGAUAAAUCUGGCCAUCUACACUGCAAACCUUAAGUUGAUUGGUUUGAAAUGUAUAAAUUUUAUAACUGCAUACAUAAAUUUUAUAAUUGUAAAGAGUACUCAAAACAAAGCUCUCUUCCACCAGACACAACAGGUGUAAAUGAUGAAUCUAAACAGAUAUGAAAAAAGAAAAUCUGAAAAAAACAAGUGACAUAAGUGCAGUAACCAAAAAAGCAAAUCAAAGAAAUCUGUCCUGAUUUGCAUCUUAAGCCAUCAUUCCCGGCACCUUAUGCAGUUUUUCUAGUAAUUGUUUUUUUUUCCCCUCUAUUUGUUGGCAACUUAGCAUUUUUUUUUUAAAUCAUUUGUCCAAUGUGUGUUGAGAAUGAGACACACAUUGGACAUGUUAACUUUUUCUUUACUUAUAAAGCAAAUGAAGUUUUUCCAUUGACUUGACAUUUGUUUUAUGAUUUUUUUCAUUAUGACAUUUAUUUUGAAGAACGGGGGUUCGAUCCCCAGUGGCGGCUUGAAACUCUCCCAUCUUCAAAAAGAUGGGUACCAGCUUGUUUUUGUAAAAUAUAGAUGGCCUGUGUACAAUGCUGAUCACACUGUCCCAAACAUGCCGUUAGUCGCGAAAUUGAGGAGCCUUAACCCUCAUGAUCCCCUUCCCUGUCCCACUCAGGCUGUUGCAAGAAUGCUUUACUUUUUUUAACUCUGUCACUUCUUUCUUUCAGUUUACCAAUCUUUUCUUGAUGAAGAAUCGAAAAAAUAUAAUUUCAAGAUUUCUGAAAAUCUGAUGUUAAAUAGAAUAGUAUUUAAUUUUUAUACCAAUUAUGAUUCUCAAUCAGAAUUUUGUUUAAUUUACUAUUAAUUUCCUCAAAUUUUCAUAAUACCAUUUGUUUCCGUGUCAAUACUAAUAUUUUGAUAUAAAGGUAUCAAUUUAAUUUACUUUGAAUUUAUCAAUUUUGAAUUUAGUCAUUUACUUGAAAGCUGAGAAUUUAUUUUACUCUUUUUCUUGCAAAUUAUGUGUUUUAAAUUUAAUCAUAUCGAAAUCAAAAAUUACCUAAUUACUUUCAGUAAACAAAUAUCUACAUUAAAAAACCAAUUUUCAAUGUUAGAAGAAAAAAAUUUUAGUAAUUAAGAUGAUUUAAGCUCCUAAUAUUACAAAACAUUUUUAUGAAUAAAAUUUGAUAAAUAUUAAGAAAAUCUUGUAUUGCAGUCAGAGGAUAAUUUUCUUAAACUAAUAUAGGAAUUUGCCAAUUAAUAACGUUACAUAAAUUCUCUUUGUUUAAGAAAAUUAUAAAUAAAAAGAUAAUGCUGAACUAAAAAGAUUUGUCUAUUUUUAAUGAAGGCACUCUUCCUGAUUCCAAGCUGUAACUGAUGUAGCCAGAGCCGGAUUAUACCUUUCGUAGGCCCUAGGCAUAGCCGUUUUUGGGCCCCCAUUUACUAAAAUUUNCCCACUCCUCCCCUCUUUUCAAAAUAUAUGCUAAAAUUUUCUUGCAUAUUUUUUUUUACAUUUUUAUUAAUAUGGAUUUUAAUUUACAAUUUUUUUUUAUCGAACUUUAUCUGCAAUACCGACGUACUGCCGAUAUUGCAGUUGAUAUCGACAAUACCAUUAUGAUUAGUUCGAUCGAUAACUAUGUAAGCACUUCACGUCAACAAUACAACAACAAAACAGUGAAAUUGAUAGUAAGAUUAAUUACAAGAAAUAUUUAUGCUACAAAUAGCUUCAUAAUUCUCAUGAUAACUAAGUGAAGGAAAUUAACAUUGUCAAAAGUUAAUCUUUUGAAAUUAUUUAUAAAUAAAUUUGCAAGGUACGUUAAAUGUUUACUAACAGAAAAAAAAUUAUUUUUGUCUACAAAUUUUUUUUCUCCCAAGUUUUUCAUUGGCCCCUGAAUUUCGUAGGCCCUAGGCAAGUGCCUAUAGGUUAAUCCGGCCCUGGAUGUAGCCUUUGUAUAAUUAUAAAUGAAUUCAUAUGCACUAUUUUAUGAUAUAAAUAAUUUCAUAUAUCAUACAAUUUAAUAUCUUCUGAUUUAAAAGUUUUGAAACCAUAGCCCUGAUUUAAGAUGAAUUGUGCAACGUUAUUCAUUUUUUAUCUUCACUCAGUUUUUAGCAUACUUUUUUCCACCUCUCAAAAGCUACAAAAUUUUAACUUUUAUAUGGCAUGACCAUAUUACCGUUCGUCACAAAACUGUGGAGCUUUAACCCCCUUGGCCCACAAUGUGCUGUAGCAGGAAGAUUACUAUAAUAGAUUUUAAAACAUAUAAUUUUUUGAUACAAUAAUUAGAUUUUACAAGAAACCACUCAUAAGAAUUAAAACAAGUAGUUAAAUAAUGCAUUACUUAACAUAAAUUAUUUUUCUAUAAAAUGCUUUUUUAAAAUGGCAGGUGGCUUUAAUAUACACAAGAAUCACUAUUCAGAAUAAUUAAAACUUUUAUGAAAACUAUUUUACGUUACUAUAAGUAUUAUUGUUACUUUAUUUUUUUUUAAUAUUAGUCAUGUUAUUCAAAAUUAAUACAUUUUUGUUUAGUAUACCAAUUAAUUUUGAAUAAUGAACUCAUAGUAUCAGUCUUUUUAUUGAUUAAGUUGACUAAAAAAAUUACUUUUAACGAACUUUUUUACGAAAUACUGUAAAUAUAUUCAAAAUUAUAAUUAAUGUGGCAUUAGAACUAUGCAGAUCUUGAUUUUUAUUGUUAAUGAAUGCUUCUAAAUUGUUGCAAUUCCACUGUUAAUGAAACACUUAAAAUAUAUAAAUAAAUGUUACAUGAUAUUUAAAUUAUAUAUAUGUAUAACAUUAGUUAAAUUGUUGCUUGUGUUUUUUAUUUUAUAUAUUGGAAGUUUUGUCAUAAAAAAUUGCUUGGCACUUGUAGAUUUUUUUUCUCCCUAAAUUUGAAAUUAUACUUUUUGCAUUUUCUGUCUCCUAUUUUCUAUUAAGCUACUCUAAAAUUUACCUUUUAAUCAAAUUUUAUCUACUUAAUAUAAUUUAUUUUUGCUAAAAACAAUACUUGAAAACGUUAUUAAAGUUAAAUAAAAUAUCUUAAACUUCAAAUAUGUAAAAGUUUUUAUGUGCCAAAAAUUUUCUAUUUUUGCAUAAGAAAUAGUAAAAUGUAUAGUUGUUCAUGGUUUUUAGGGUUUUGCAUUGUUUUGAUAUGUUACUAUUUUUGUUUAUGUGUUGAUGAAAAAUUAAAAAAAAAAAAAAAGAA